AUGGCCAAAGAUUGCACUGAGGUACAAAAUAAUGGCAAGAACGAAAGUGGAGUUUAUCAAAUUGAUCCUGAUGGUCAAGGAUCUUUUAAUGUCUACUGUGACAUGACUUCAUAUGGUGGUGGCUGGACUGUAUUUCAAAGACGCCUAGAUGGAAGUGUUGAUUUCUAUCGUGGGUGGAAUGACUAUAAGGAAGGUUUUGGUGAUCUGAAAGGCGAAUUCGGGCUAGGAUUGAAUAAAAUAUACCGACUAACAUCAGCCAAGAGAAAUAAACUUCGUGUUGACCUGGGAGACUGGUUUAGAAACAAAGCAUAUGCUGAAUAUGAUUAUUUUGCUGUAAAGAAUGAAAAUAAAAAAUAUCAACUAAGUCUUGGUAAAUAUUCUGGAAAUGCUGGAGAUUCAUUAUCUUAUCAUAAAAGCAUGGCGUUUACAACAAAAGAUUCAGAUAAUGAUAAGGAACGUCGAGGAAACUGUGCCUCUGACGCCAAAGCCCGGUUUCCAUAUGAUCGUUCCUGUCGUAAGGAUCGUCUUUGUCGCUUGCAAUUUGUAGAAGCCACAGAGACGAUCAUAUGGAAACGCUCAACUCAAACGACAAAAGCGAUCCUUACGUUAGAAACGAUCCUUGCGUAUCGAUCGUUUGAGAUAGACUAG